AUGACGACUCCGAGCAUCGACUUGGUCCUCCAAUUCAUAUUUCCUGACGAGUCUUCCGACGCAGACCAACGCACAUUUCAAGUGAAGCAAAUGUUGGAGGGCUCUGCGGAACCUCGCGAGAUGUACAAAUUCCAUCAUCCCAAUACGGGAACAACUACUGGCGUCACGACAAUUCAGCGCAUGAACGCGAUAACCGGAAUAUGGGAUAAUGCAGGCCAAAUUGAUUGGCAGUCAAACACGAGUGCUACUGUGUAUUUCGGGACCGAACGGGUGCCAGUCAGGGAAUUACGGAAGCGUAAAAAAGCAUCGAGCAAAUCUCGCCGCUUUAAGGCCAACAGUGGGGAAUACAAAUGGAAGGUAGGACAGAAUGGGAGGGACUUGGUCUGUGUCAGCACCCGUGGAAAAACCGUAGCGACCUGGUCAGAUGAACAGUCCACCUUGCGCGUAGUAGAUGGCUCGGACAGUAUCUUGGAUCGGGUCGUUGUGACAUGUUUUCUGAACAUACGAAUGCUGCGGCUGAAUUUUUGGUGA